UCCUCCCGGAGUUGAGAAUCAAUUCUUGCUAGUACGAUUUCUCCUCUCCCCAAGUGGCCAAAGCCACCAACCACGACCAGCCCCUUUUUCUCUUCUAUUUCAUCCACGCUGCUCGUGCUCGGCUGCUCGCUGCCUGCUUCUAGCGAUCGUCUCGGGACUCCAGAGUGCCGGCCGGCUCUCCGCCUGUUCGUAUCGUCGCUGCUCCUUUCCCCGGAUGUGAUGGACCAUAUUGUCUAACUUACCUUCAUAUGUUCCAGUGAGUUUAAAAUAUACACAGUACAGGAUGUCGGAACGUUCUGAGAGUGCAACUGAAAAGAUUAUGAGCAGCAUCAUGGAUACCAUUGCUGACAACCUUCCUAAGCAGAAGUCUGGGCACUUUGACCCAGGUUCAGUCUCUGACAAAGUGAAGAACAAGCUGUUUGGUCGUCAGAAGACCUUACAUGGAGUUCUGGGUGGUGGAAAACCUGCUGAUGUGCUGUUAUGGAGGAACAAGAAGAUAUCAUCGAGUGUUCUGGCUCUUGCAACAGCUAUUUGGGUUUUCUUUGAGUGGCUUGACUACCACUUUCUGACAAUUGUUUCGUUUGCCCUUGUUCUUGGAAUGGUUGUCCAGUUUAUCUGGUCCAACUUCUCAAACAUGCUAAGCGGAUCUCCUUCUCAGGUGCCCCGAGUUGAAUUGCCUGAAGAGUUAUUUGUGAACAUUGCCAUUGCAAUCGGUGCCCAAGUAAACAAGUUCAUGUGCUUCCUUCAGGAUGUGUCUUGUGAAAGAAACUUGAAGCAUUUUGUAGUGGCGAUUGCCGGACUGUGGGCCGCUGCAGUGAUUGGAAGUUGGUGCAAUUUCCUGACAGUCAUAUAUAUUGGGUUUGUUUGUGUUCACACACUUCCUGUGCUCUAUGAGAAGUAUGAAGACCAAGUCGAUGAUUUCCUCUACAACCUUCUUGGUCUGCUGCGAGAUCAGUAUCAGAAGCUUGACCAAGGCGUCUUGAGCAAGAUUCCGAAGGGGAACAUGAAGGCUAAGAAGAACGAGUAGUUUAGCAGCUGGUUUCUCUGAAUGAAUGAAUGGGUUGGUGAACUGAUGUUGCGCCCUCUUGUGCAUCGCAGACUUGCGCCAAUUGUUGCUUAAGCUGUGUCCCAUUCUGAACAUGGGUGUUAGUUCAUUGCCCACUGGGUUUAAAAACUAUUAAGCUGCAAUGAAUGUUGUCCACUAUUGAAGUUCUUCGACUCAAUUCACAUUUCUGAUCUGAUCA